AUGGAAAGUAAUAAAGUUGGAACUCUGGAAGAAGUGAAAAUGAGGUUGGACAAUCAAGAAGAAACCAAAGAAGGCAGCACUAACGAAAGUUCAUUACAGGUUCGGUCCAGCAAGGCAACUGAACUGGUCCUAGAGUUCUCAGUACCAGCCCAGGCUCAGGAGAAGACAUUGGCACCUAAGAACACGGAGGAGCCUGAGGUACCCAAAGCAUUGCAACCUACGAAGGAGACCUCCAUAGAUGCAGCCCAAUGGGAGAAAUGCGCGUCUCGGAGCUUGUCAGAACAAACGACAGAGCCCGUGGAAGGUUACACUCUGAAAUAUUCAGAACAAACAGUCAAGUUCCUGGAAGACAACACUUCCAAGGCUUCAGAAGAAACAACUGAGCCCUUGGAAAGCGACAAGGUGAAGGUGAUCCAGAACAAGGAGGACUUUGAAGCCGUGCUUAAAGAGGCUGGGGAGAAGCUGGUGGUUGUGGAUUUCUUCGCCACUUGGUGCGGACCCUGCAAGAUAAUCAAGCCACUGUUCAAUGCCCUGUCUUACAAGUACGACGAUGUGGUGUUCCUUGAAGUGAAUGCUGAUGAGUGUGAGGAGCUGACUAAAGACUGUGGGAUCAUGUGCUUACCAACCUUUCAGUUUUAUAGAAAAGAGGAAAAGGUGGGUGAAUUUUGUGGUGCCCUUAGGGAAAAACUGGAAGCAGUCAUUACAGAAUUAAAGUAA